UGUGACUUCCUGGUUUCUUGCAAGGAAAGCGUUCUCAGUUAACUGUGCAUCCUCUGCUCUCUUUUGAACAUUUUUGGCAUUUGAAGCUCCUGGAACCUGACUUUGCACCUCCUAUAUGCUGGUUAGAGGUUUUCAGGAGAUGUAGAGUGCUGACUGGUGGGAGGCAAAGCACCUAUGCUGAGAAAAAUGAAACCAAACGGUACACACAUCCAAACCACUCACGGCUAGAAGAAAAGGACUUUCUCGUCAAAGAAGAUAUGGCCACAUGUAGCAGUUUCCUGUCCGAAGAUCAGAUCCUGUGCUCGAUCUGCCUGGAUGUCUUCACCGAGCCGGUUUCUAUCCCAUGUGGACACAACUUUUGCAAGUCCUGUCUCACCCAGCACUGGGCAAACAAGGAUCAAUGUCAGUGUCCACUGUGCAAAGAAAAGUUCAAAAAAGGGCUCCAACUUUGCAUCAACACGGCAUUCAGGGAUGUUGUGGAAAGUUUCAAGAAACAUCAAGUCACAGGCAUAUCGUCAAUAAAACCUGGACAGGUGCCCUGUGACUGCUGUCCUAGCAACCUGUUCCCAGCUUCUAAAACCUGUUUGGUGUGUCUGACUUCUUUUUGUGAAACACACCUGGAGCCUCAUUUGAGGGUUGAAGCUUUAAAAACACACAAACUGACCAAUCCUGUGCACAACUUGGAGGACAAAAUCUGCAAGAAACACAAUCGGAUAUUGGAGUCUUUCUGCAGAUAUGAUCACACUCGUGUUUGUGACCUGUGCACAGAACACACCGAUCACCAUAUGGUCUAUUUAGACGAAGAGUAUGUCGACAAAAAGGCUCAGUUGGAAAACCAGGCAGCUGUUUUUCAGAAAACCAAACAGAUAUGGGGCAAGAAGAAGAGAAGGAAUGCCAGAGGUUGGAAACGAGCAAACCAGGUAGCUCUUAAUCAGUCCCCACAGCUGUACGCCAGUCCAGACCAUCAUAUCUGUGGAUAUUCGUACAUUCCCCAAAAUAGGCAGACCAAUGAGAAUGGACUGGUGCUCUUCUUCGAUGCCAGUUACGCCAUCCUCAUGUUAUCUUUUGUUGGCUGCAAAUUCAAUGAGACAAUUUUCUUUAUCUUGCCAGGCCAUUUUGAGAAUGUAAGUUGGGUGCAGAGGCAGAGGAGGUGGCUUUGGCCGCUGUGCUUAUUGUGUUUUAUUGUUCUAUUGUUUUUUUUAUUUGGUAAUUUGGAAGUUUAAAGGUUGGACAGUAGGGAGCAGUUCAAGCAGAUUUGGAUGCAUUGAAUAUUCUCAUAAAAAUGACAGACCAAGCUGCUUGAUAAAAAAAAAAAUCCAGAGCCUACAGGAUAAUUUUACCAUAUCACAUAUACAAUAUAUGCCAGGUAAUUUUAGUUAACAUGAUUAUAAUCUUUCUGUACAAAGGACAUUAAAAUAACGUUUAGGUGCAAUAUAGAUAUAUAUUUGUAAAUAAUCAGUUUAGAUUAAAUGCAUGCCGCAAUGUUCUACCAUUAGUCUGCGAGUGUAAUUUGCUGAUUUAUUUGUUGUUAGGUGGGUGGAGGGGUUAAAAGAUCUGUUGAGCUUUAUUGAACAAAAUGCUAAGCCUUUAUAAACAAUAGAUUUCACAAUUUUUCAUAAGCAAAUAUUAUAUGUGUUUUCAUUGAAAUGUACUAUUACAAUUUAAAUGAAUUUUCAAUGUUUCAUUGAUGUGACCCAAAAUAAAUA